GAAAUGGACUCUUUCAGCGUGUAUGUGUCUCAGCAGAAGUUGUCCUCUCUAUCUAACAGGAUCUUCAAAUUCCCCGCUACUGUCGUAGGAACCUAGGACACGAUGCGUCUGUUUUUGUGGUUUGUUUACACAACACCUUGAGCUGAUAAUUAGCCUAUCUCCGGACUCGCCGUGAGUAGCGUGCUGUAUUGUCGGGUUUUGAUGACGCCAUCACUGGGACUUUCCGGAUACGUCAUUCGGGGCUUCCGAGUUAUUAAGCUAGCUCCACCACUGUGUACAUGUCUUCGGAGUCUCUCAACGUCGCGCCGAGAGCUUGACUACACACCAAAAGAAACCAUGAAAACACCAGCGGCCCCUUCCAGCGCCCAAAGGUUUGAAUAUUGAGCCGCUGUUGUCAGAAACGACGGUCAGCCCGAGAGGCGGAAUGUCAACAACGCGGCCCCUCCUCGGAAUGAGACGAGUCACCGAUCUAACGUGUCCGGAGCAGCCGACCAGCAGGCUACCUGCGUCAGCUGCGAGGCAGCAGCUAGAGACCCCCACUGUGGAUGAGUUUACUGUGCUGGAAGAUAAAGAAGAGGAGCUGAAAUGUGCCAAACCUCGAGUGGAGCAGGUUUUUAAAGUGACGUUCACAAUAAUUGGACUGUUAGACCACACGGGACAGCCGCACUGUGGCAAAACAUCUCGGCAGAUAUGGCUGCAGCUCCGGGGCAACAGGGAGGACGUGUCAAAGGCUAAGGUGAGCUCCCCAUGUGCCGCUUCUGUCAGGCACCACCAGGUAACAGCAAGGCAGCCUUGUCUUAAAGAAAAUUAUAAAAAUAUUACGACUAGGCCGGUUGUAAGGUUGCCGCUCAGUUUGCCUAAAUGUUGCUGGUGAACAGGUAGGUCAGUGCCAUGUGAUUUGCUCCAGCUUCAGUCUCUGAUAUCUGUUAACCCAUCUCUACACGUGAAACUCUGUCAAAUCUGGGGCAGAUGUAUGAUAAAGGUUAUACUUCGUCCAGGCAUAGCAUCAUGAUCACAUGGACAAUCUUAAGCAAUCCAGUUCAACAGUUGUUUAAUAAAAUGUUGUGAUGAUAACAUGUGGUGAUUGCUCUGUGAAUUACUGGUUAAAGUAUAGUGGGUGUUGGUGGUAUACUAAAUUACUUUAAAGUGAAAGGUCUUCCUUAUCUUUUGCUCCUCUUGAGUUUGAAUGAAGUGGACAAUGUGUGAGCAACACCUUUCAAUACACCACCACCUCCUCUAUAUCUUCUUCAAUUAUAGCUAUGGAUUAUAACAACCACCCAUCUGAUCAUCUUAACAAAAACUUAGUGAGUUCUGGUGUUCACAAUGUUCAGGUUAAUGUGCAUCACCUGAUGUAUUUCCUUGCCCCCUUAGUCCAUGGCAAAGGUGACACCUUUGCUGAUAUGCAGUGAUGUAGUUAAACUGUGAACAUCUCUUCUCUAUUCAACAACUACAGCUGGAAAAAAAAAAGAUUUCUCAAAAGGCCCUAGUACAAAUAAACUAUAAGGUACACACAGUAUUCAGGUGUCUGUGCCUCAGAUGUGUCUCAUUAAAUCAUUAUAUCAAAUAAUCAAUCAGUCAAUCUUUAUCUACUUUAUCUCCUGCCUAUGCCGUGCCAAUUCAACACAACUGUUCCCUCAAGACACUUGAAGACAAUCAGGUCUUGACCAAACUUCAAAUGCGUAUGUAUAAAACUCUUUUGAAGAUCCCCAUUGUAUAGAUGAUGCAUUUACUAUUUUUAAACGUAUCUUGUAAUUCCAGGAAAUGCACAUUUAAAUUUGACCAUUUUGUAGUUUCUCAUUAUUUCUCAAUUUACAUAGAAUUUCUGAGUACAAAGUUAUCUAGCACUGUCAGUCACAGAAGUUUACUUUUAGCAACCUUCCUCCCCAGUCAAAAUAAUAAUAUCUGCCAUCAUAUGAUACAGACAUCAGGGCUCCUUUGGAUCUGAUUUGGGAACUGAUUAAACACAGAGUUUUAGAUCGACUCUUAACUGUGAUUUUAGUGGUCAUUUGUCAUAUUAUCAUGUAGUUUUGAUUUCUCCCUCCCUUUCUGUGUGACUUACUUGAUUGAAUUGAAAUCAAUUCACCCUCUCAUACAAGCUCUGAUUUGUUAUUUUUACUAAGGAACAUGCAAGAUUACAGUAUUUGCUCUUGGGGAUGUUGUCAUGGCAUCUUUAGUUAAAACAUUAUGUGUAAGAAUGUCAGUACUACAAUAUAAUAGUGUUACAUUGGUGUGGAUCUCGUACUCUUUGACUAAGUCAAAUUGUAACACACAGUCACUAAUUUCAAAAGCAUAUGUCUGAAUUGCAUCUGCGGUAGAUGAUACAAUCCCUCUACAUGUGCAAAUGAGCAGUUUUCAUUUGCAGUAUGUGCGUGUUUUGGUGUGAUUUCCCAUUCAUGAAUGACUUCACACUUCUGCAACUCUCGUCAUGAGUAUAUUCUCUGAACAGAAGUCACUCCUCCCGUAAUCAGCUGUUCCAAGCUCUGUCAGUCAACCGAGAAUGUAAUGUAAAAAUGGACAUUUCUCUGUAAGAUCAUGUGAUUGGGAGAAAACAGGAGUCAUAAAUGUCUUUCUACAUUUGUACACAACCGUAUCAGGUUUUGUUUGGGCUUCCUCUAGUUUUGGAAAUAACUGCCAAAACUCCCAAAGUAACUUAUUUUGGUGACGUGCUGAAGUUUGACAUGUAAAAAAGCGCUGCUGGAAAUGAAAAAGUCUUAGUCCUAAUGUAAACACAUAACUUUCCUACUGUAUUAAACGCUUCUCUAUUGUACUUUUUAAGUAUUUUUUCAAUUAUUUUCUGUAAUGAUUGCACUGUGGGCUGGAGAGGAACGUCUUUUUAAUCUCAUUUAAAAAUGUUUUUUUGAAGUUUCUGCUGCUUCUUAGGAUUCAGCAAGCCAGUUAUGUUGAACUAUAUAACUGCAAUUGUAUUUGAUUGUAAAACAAAAGAGCAAAAGUAAAAAUAGCCACGAUGAUCGUACAAACUCCUCUAAUUGGUGUUUAAUUUUAGAUGCCACUCCUGAAUAUUUGUGAUCUGGUUCACCCAGAGUCUCACAUCCUUUCUUGUCCUCCCACUGCGUCAUCGUUGAGUAAUAGUGUAUUCUCAGUACAGACCCCCACCUUUUUUUUACACAUACAUGUGACAAAGUAUCUACAAGCAAGGUUACACACCCACCUGCCGCUGAUUCAUCUGGACAUUUCCCAUAGGCAGGAGAUUCCCUGUAUCAUUGACAGAUAUUGAGUUUCAGCACAGUCAGCUCUUUUGCUUUACAGUAAACGGGGCUCUGAACUACGAUACAAGCAACACUGACUCUAUUUUUCUCAAGCUGAAAAGAUUUUUUUUUGUCAGUGAAUCAUCAAUGAUGUUGUUGUUUCGUGACAUGUUAUUAUAGUACUUCUUCUCCUUGCUGUGCAGGAAUAUGUCCGAGGACUCUGUGACCCUGAGCUGCAGAAAGAAGAGCGAUAUCCGGUGGAUAUGCACUGCAUUUUCGCUGGUGCCCGAGGCCUCUUCCUCGACAGGCUCAUACGGGACACAAGUGCCGAGGUUUUAGUGCCAGAGCCAGGCUGUCUUAGGCUUUUGGGCCGGGCUGAACCUGUAGUGAUGGCCCAGAGCAGAGUUCAGCAAUUUGUAGCACUUUUCCAGGUGAGACGUCAGUGGUCUUGAUCACUUUUCCUCAAUAGAAUUUUUUAGGAUAGAUAAAUUAAUAUGAAGAGUUUUUAGGGUUUAAGACGUUUCUUCUCUCAUUACUUGAACGAAAGAGAGCUUUACUGAAGUAACGUUAAUGCCGGUAGGAAAUUAAAUCCUUAAAAUAACAAAUGCGCAAUUUAUUGUUAAGUCUAUAAACGGCAAGAAAAGGGAUCAACUUUGAAAGGGAUUUAAACUCUCAGAAUUUUUUCUUUCAGUUUUUGACUCUUGAUAUGAUGAAAAAAGCCUUUUCCAGACAUCACAUUGGGCGUCAGGAAUAUGUCGCCCAGUUUUUCUUAUUUUCUGUUGUCAAUAGACCGAAUAGUUAUCUACCUCAGAGAAAUUUCAGUCCUGAUUUCAGUCGGUGAUUUUAUUUCAUCCUGAAAUCUAAUGAAAUCAGCUUUUUAGUGUGACAUUGUGUGGUAUUGCACAUCUGACUGCGUAUUGUUGUAUCCAGGAAAAGCGGAGUCUGCCGAGUGACAGGGAGCCAGCAGUGAAACGAGCGUUCAAGUCCUUCGUAGAGGAGAAGGAUGAUAAGUACACUAUGGAGCUUCUCCUGCUUCCCAGUGCCCUGAAGGAAGAACUGCUGGGACUGGCUCAUAGCCCCACUACCACCAACACUUCCUCCCUGGUUAGUGUGUCUUUAUAUACAUGAACUUUGUGUCCUGGCAGAUUAUCUCCAGUAUAUUGUGGCUUGAAUGAAGUUUAUUGUGUCAGUGUGGGCAGGGUUAACCUUUGAUCAGUUUGAUGUGAAAAUGAUUGUGAACAUUGCUGUGUAGUUGAGUGCCUCUGAAAUCAGCUGUUACAAAAUUAGACAGCCAUUUACUUGGUAAACUAACACAAAGUACAUAAAAAUAGUCUUUGUGAAACGUAUUAAAUCAUGGUUCAAGAGAAAGAAGAGCAUACCAGAAGUGGGGAUUCGGCUUGCUCAAAUGAAACUACUACUACAAUGGAAGGAAUUACCAAUUUGACAGAAACCGAAAGACACGGUUUAUGCAAGUUCAGCUUCCAGCAUGUACCUCUUGCCUCAGAGUCUGUCCCAACAUUACAAUAAAGCACCCAUGACAAAUCACCCACUCAACCAGGAGUCAUCAUGAUUCAACGGUCACGUUUCGGUUUCACUGUUGGAUGGUGUGAUCUGUGAUAUGUUAGAGCUUGACUGAGAUUGGUGAUUGUAUAAUAACAGGAAUUGCUCGAUCAUAAUAAAAGCAAACAGACUGAAUUGACAGAGAGUAAGUGUGGGCAGGUUGGUAUUUGUUCUUGAUGCGCUGUGAGCUCAAGAAAUGAGAUUUUUGAUAACACAAACUGGUCUACAGGUUUUACAAUUGAUAAGAGAAGACUGUUGUGACUGGGCUGCUGGGUUGGAUUUUGGUGGAUUUGUUUGUAUUUUCUAUGGAAGCCUGUUGCAUUCACACACACACCUUCCCCCCCAAAAGAGCUCCUUUUUUUGUUUGUUUGUUUUUUCUGUUUUUCAGACUAUUUUUUUGUUGUUGUUUGUUUUGUUUUUCAGACUAAUUGUUUUUCCUAUUCUCUGGGAUCACAGUCAUUUAAAAACAGAUGCCUUAACCCCCCCCCCCCAUCUGUGGGAUUUAUUGGAAGCAAACAUGGCCCACUUGUUAUUUAAAUCAAGUUUUACUUUCUUUUGGAUUUGAGACACUGGGAGAUUCUCCUUUCUUGAAGUCAGAUAAAUGGAAUCGUCUUUAGUUUUUCUGCUUUGCGCAGGCAGCUCAGGAUUUGCAUGCCCUAUGUUUAACUAAUAACAUGCUUUACUCUCAUUGACCACGUUGUCGAAAUUGUCUAGGAGCUGCAGAACAAAACAAAUAGUCAGAAAAAAACAGAAAGAAGAAAUCAAUUAGUCUGAAAAACAGCAAAGAAAAUAAAUUCUCCAAAAAACAAAAAAACUGUUUCCUUUUUGUAAGUGAAUGCAACAUGCUUCCAUAAUAUUCAGAAUAAAGAGCUCAGAUUAUAUAAGAGCUGAUGCUGGCAGACUGUAGGUUUAUGCCACUUUCAUUCCCCUGGUCACAGUUGCUUCACUUGUUGAUUAAUCGACUCUUGAGUAUUAUCCAUAUCAGACUGAGUCCGUCUGGGUUGUAACCCUGACUGACACCAGAGAUAACACAGAUAGCAAAAUGCACAUACCAUGCUGAUGGUUGAACUCAAGAUGUCAUAGCUCGAGGCCUUGUAGUGUGUUGGGUCAAGGUCAUAAGUUUGGGCCUGAUUUACAUUCUUUGUUAUUAUUAUUAUUUUGUUGUUGUUUGUUUGUUUUUUGGUAAAUCAUUUUUUCUUCUGCUUUCUCAUCACAGUCAUACCCUCAGAGUGUCAGCCUGUCCUUAUACUCUAUAUCAAAAGACUGUUUCUCCUUGUUUUUGGGAUAUGUCCACUCUGCUAACACACUCUACUACCCACUCAACUACUGCAAGCAAAAUACUGCUGCUGUCUUAAUUCUUCUCACUGCUCAUGCCCCCGCUGUGAGAGUUUGUAUGUCCUUGGCUGCAGGAAGGAUUCCUAUUAGUCAAAACAAGCUGAUUAUUUUGUUGUUCUUAAUCUACAGCCUACAGUCAACUACACACUCCUGAGACUAAACUGAGCUCUAUACCUCUAUUUUCAAUGUAGUCUUUUUAUCAUCACACACUAAAGCUAUUUUUUAGUGACAGUUACUAACUGCUGCAUCAGCACUACAUUGGUAAAUCAUUCUCAUUUUGCAACUUCAGCUCCCUAAAUGGGAAGUGUUUCUUUCAAUUGAUUCCCUUCUUUUUAAGUUGAAGCUUUGAUUAUGAUCAGUGUUGAAUAUUACACCAGUGUCUCCAAAGCAUUUAUAAGCCUCUCUGAUUUCAAAUAAGUUAAGAAACAGCAGCAAAGUUAAAAACCGCUUUGGAGGGCAUGUUUAAGGAUAAAACAAAACCUGCAGAAACUCUUGCUGGUUAAGGAGAGUCAUGCUGUCGGGUAUAAUAGAUUAGUUUUUUUUUUGUUUUGUUUUGUUUUGUUUUGUUUUUGUCCAUAGCAACCAUUCAAGGUACUUAAGGUCCUUACACACCAGGCACGAAUUCGCCAGGCGAAUUAUUUGCCUUUUUUUUAAAACAGCAUAAAGUCAAUGCAAGCUUCCACACUGGCGGCAAUUUUUCCACGGUGCAAAAAGCGUCUUUUAUUUUUUCGCUCUUGUGUCGGUUUUUUCGGAGAUUCGCAGGUGAAUAUCUGGACCUGCUAGACCUCUGGCCAAACAAAAGUCAUGUUGUUGAUGAUAUUUAUUUAUCAAGCACGCUAUGGCAAACCCGUCCAGCUCCUCUUGGAGACGAGUGAGCUAUAGAUGAGCUAUUAUGUGCUUAUAUACAUUAUAACGGGGCUGGGGGCCCGGAGCUUUCAAGAAAACGGAACUUUGUCUCAUUCAUAUAGAAUAUUGCCUAUUAUUUUAAUCUUACCUCAGACAUGUGGCUAGCCGCUCAUCUGGACCAAUUGGCUCUCUGUAGUUAGUUGUCUGCUUCUCCAGUCGUGGGGUCAGCUGCUGGAGGAGGUCGUUAAAUUGCCCGAGCGACAUUCUAAAAUACUGGCGGAAUUUUGGGGGGUAGAACUUCGCUUUGCAAAAUUGAUAUGCAUAUUCGCUUCGCGCCUGGUGUGUAUAAGCGAAAGCGAUUUUUCGGACUGGCGAAUAUUUUGGCAUUUUCGUCUCGCUUUUUCGCUUCGCUCUGCAAAUUCGCUGGUGUGUAAGGACCUGUAGACUGUUUAGUCUGUACUCACCUGAUUGUUUGUUUCCUCUCCAGACACAGAUAAACAAAACACUUCAUCCCAGCAUGGCAGAGGUGGACCAGGACCGCUCCAAGAGCAGCACCCCUGUCACAGAGCUCUCGAACCGGAUCCUGGACACCAGCUUUGAGGACAGAGGAGCUGAAGCAGCAUCCUUGGGUGGAGGAGGAAAAGCAGGAGGAGCUAUAGGAUCAGGUUCAGGAGCCAUCCUGCUAAAUGGCACUCGGCCUUCACACAAGCGCCGCUCAUCUGAGAGCGAGACUCGGGACACAAAGAGACAGUACUCUCUGGAGCGGAGGGAUGAGUCGCCAGAGAGGGCGAGGGAGAGACAGAGGGACAGAGAUGGACGGGGGAACAGCAGCAGCAGCUGUCGAUCAAAAACCCCCUCAGCUUCUUCGUCCGUCUCCUCUUCAACAAAAGCAAACACAGUCGGCCCAAUCGUGCUGGACUCCAGUGAAGGAGUCUCAGAUGAUGGGGAGGCAGUCAGCCCAGAAACAAACCUUCGCUGCUUGGUCAACUUCUUCAGGUAAAAGUCAGAGACAGUAAUUCGUAUUUCAUUGUGGUGUUCAGAAGUUAAUCAGUCCUUCGAUAGCUGUAACUGUUUACUCUUGUUUGAGCACAGCUUUAUAAAACACUAUACCACCUUUCAUACUGAAAAAAAACCCCUCAUUUCUUCAGAACCAUGGGUUACCAGCAGGAAGUUGUGGAGCGUGUCGUCAAGGAGACGGGCCAAACAGAGGACACCUUCCUUGUCCUAGAAAAAAUCGUUGAGGAAACAAAGCGUUAUGAAGAGGGGUCAAAAGGAGGGGAAAAAGAGAGACGAUUGAACUCUGUGCGUACCCUAGACACUCCCUCCUCCACCUCCACCUCUUCCUCGUCCUCCUCAUCCUCUUCCUCCUCUUCAUCAUCGUCCUCCUCUACUGUUGCCCGAUGUAAGGAGACCAGAACUCAUAAGGUAAAGCGAAAGAUAGUUUGCUCCCAGAUCUACACAUUUCUGUUCUUCUUCCACUUUGAACCAUUAGCAUAUAACCCAUCUCCUCUGACCAUCAGAAAGACUUCGGAGGCUUUGAAGGCACACGGUUAAAUGCUGCUGUGCAUGAUGCCUUUCAGAUGAUAACACAUAGAGUACUUACCUUUUAAUCUUUUGCCUUCAUUCUACUUUUGAAAUCCUCAAGCAAUUAAUCUGUCACCCAGUGUACAUCUCUGAUAUCUUGACUUUGUGACGGCACAUUUUGAUGCACCUUGGGAGUUCUUCAAAGCCUCGCUCUCCUCAUUUUAUCCUCUGCCCUGCACUCACAUCCCCUCCGCCGUAUUUUAGUUUAUCAAACUGGAUCAGAGAUUUUGUUUUUGUUCUCAUUUCAAGUACUGUCACUGCUUUUCAUAUCAGCUCAUCCACACAUCAGUGAAUCACCUCACCUUUGGCUUGACAAUGUAGAUGAAUUAAAAGCUGAAAAAGAUGUCUCUGCUCUCAUAUGCACGACUGUCAUCUACUAUCAAACGCAGCAUACCAUGAAGUGUGAUAAAAUAACAGAAAAAUGUACAGAUUUGAUUUAAAUGUACAUUAUUCAUCACACAGCGGAGCUCAAGUGCUCAAGGGGGAACGGGAAUCUACGAGGUUAUUACUAUCGAUGAUGACAUCAUCACCACAAAUGCCAAAACAGCAGAGAGCAGGACGUCCCGGAUGAUGACAGUGCCACACCUUGACACUCAGACAGGAUCCAGAACUGAGUACUUGUCGAGGGGAGGUGGCAGCGUCUCACAGAGGGACUUCCUGGCGAGGGGAGGCACUCAGACUUUGGGAGGAUCUGUGAAGGUGGAGAGUGUGACAGCGCUGCGCAGCACGCCUCAGUGGCUAACAGCCACCUCCACCUCCUUGGCUUCAACCCCCAGUGUAAGUCAGCUUUGAAUCCUUUCGGCAUAUUUACGUGCUCAGUGAUGUCUGCGUCUCACUGCAGUAAUUGAACUGUUCUGGGUUCGUAAGUUCAUUUUGUGAAUAUGGAAGACGUGACGAAAUUUGGUCAUGAUGGACUGUCAACUGGCCAAACUCUCCUUCAGAAGCACUGGAUAUUUUAAGAAAAAAAGUAUGACUUGUAGAAACAGAAAUUUCAAUUCUUAAAACAAUAUGGAGUCAGUGGCAAGAUGUGAUCCAAGCUCAGGGUGGGAACUGUGAUUUUGUUCUCUGUUUUUGUGUGUCUUUGAUUUAAAAUCUUGCUUUUACUGACCUCUCCAGGCAGCUCAGCCUAUCAGCCGGCCCUCUGCCUCUCCGUAUCAAACCAUCGGCCACAUGGGGUUGCACGGGGUUGGAGCGAGGACUCCUCCUGCAAACGACCCCCCCGCCCCUCCAGUGACCGGUUUGGCUCGAUUCCAUCAGUCACUGAGGACCCCCUACUCCCUGCGGUUGCCCAAUGAGCCAGGACGCCCGGAGCUCAGACACAUCAUCAUAGACGGCAGCAACGUGGCUAUGGCGUGAGUCUACGAAUCGCACACACCAAAAAUGAAAGCUGCUUCGUCUUGUAAGAAAGAGGAGCACAGACCUAUGAAGGGGAAAUUCAUGUCAUUUUAGAAUUUAUAGGAAGUUAUCCAGCUGUGUGUUUUGGAAAGAUGCAUACCAAACUUUACAGAGUGGCUCAGAUGUAGAUUCAGUUGUGCUAAAAAAAAAAAAAAAAUCAACAUUUCUGACAAAUAUGAACCAACAUGGAACUGUAUACAGAUCUCACACUUCAGGUAUAACACGCGGCCCGUCACUCUUGAGUCUAAUCAGAACUGUCAUCUGUGUGGUAAAGCAUGUAACUCAGGUCUUGAAUGUGUUCUGACAGACAGCAUUGAGUGUUAGACUGGAGGGAAAGUUUUGUUUUUCUGGAAAGAUAUCGCUUGCUUCUGGUAAUCUAAGUCAUGAUUGACUUCAUUCGUCUUACAUUGUUUCCUCAAGAUCUAAUUUGGGGAUUAUUUAUCCGUUUGUGCAUUUUCUGGCUUAUUUUUAUCAGAUUUUUAUUUAAAAGCAUUUGGCAAGUUUGCAUUCUUUUCAAGUACAUUUAACUCCCGCUGAACACAGACAACACAAAGGUUCAGGUUAGUUCUAUGACGAAUAAAGUCACAGGGGCAUUUGCAUUAUAAGAUGAAACUAUCAGUUUUGUACUCCCAGCAUAGGGCCCAUCAACCACAAAACUGCCUUAGCUAAAGCACAAGUGUUACAUGAAAGAAAUACAUACACCAAGUUUUCUUGUAAUAUUUGAAGUCCUCAUCCUUCCAAUAAACACCCCCGUUACCAUAACAUAAGGUCACCCACUCUCAGUCAUACAGUCACACUAAAUAAAGCCUCAGCACACUGUGGAUGUGACAGCCACAGGCCUUUUUGUGUAGGCGUUCACAAAAACUCCUCCCACACUUUCAGGUAAUGUUGUCACUCACCACCUUUUGUCAGUGUAUGAGUAUUUGUGCCCAUCAAGUCGAAAAAGCAUGUGUAACCAAAUGCUGGUGCUGAGCAGCGGUGUGCUGUGGGGGCGUUUUUGAGAAGGCAGGCCUUUUCUAGGUAAAAAGAAGGAAAAAAUAUAUCCUGAUUUUGGUUUCAGUUUUAUACAAAAAAUUGUGCAAGAAAGACCCUUGUGUAUAUGUUUUAUUUCAAUGUGUUUUUUUUUUUUUUUUUGUGCUGCUCCAAGUCUUACUUACUUGUCAGUCUUACUUACUUGUCAGUCUUACUCCUCGAUGACCUUGACUUAACUUCUCACUUUUGCAACUACUUCCUUUCACGUUCUGCCACUCCCACUCUGCAUCCUCCCUGCUUACCAGAAGUGUUUCCAAACAAAAAAAAUACGGGUUAACUUAGACUUGAGGGGGGAAAAAAUAGUUUCACCGUUGUCAAAGUUUUGGAAGGACAAAGUGAGAAAAUUACAACUUUGUUAAGACAAUGUUAUUCCGAAUUUCUGUAAGAAUAUAGCAAAGACAGAAAUCUGUCUACUGAAGUUAGUAUGAAUUUCUAAAGCCUAUCGUUAUGUGUAUGUGGUUAUUUGUUGUGGAUUUGCAUCAGAAACCACAACAUAAAAGGGCUGAUGAUGUAGAUGAGAGUAUGUCAUGAUUUUUGUGGCGGUAGUCUAAUGAGCUCAGGUUUGUUUUUCCCCCGUCAGGUAACCCUGGUGAUUUUACGGGUUGCACAAUUUCUCCCUGUUGUGGUGUCAUUCAUCGCUUUCUCUUUCAGCAGUUCAGGGAACUUCCCUUGAGUUUGCAUUACAGCUCUGACCACAAGCUGAUAAUGAUCUUGCUGUGUAGUUUGUGUGUUUAUGUAGGUCUGUGCUCUAUACUAGUUUGUGAUAUCAGAGAAGAGACGUUUUUGAAAGAGACGUGUUGUGGAAGUUCUGACAGCGAGCGCAAAGUAGACCCGUGUUUUUAACUCUUAUAUCCAGUCACUGUUGAAAGGUCAAUACAGGGCAGAUAUUUGAGACUGAAAGUAUUUAAUAAGGUAAUGGAGAAUUCCACAUUACUUCAAUUGAAUCCCCCUUCAGAGUUCAGAGAGAAACUCUCUCAGAAGAUUGCUUUAGAAGGACUUUUUUGUUUCCCAAAAUGUCAGUAUUCGAUUUGCAAAGAUAAAUUCAUUAGUUUUAAAUCAGUUACUCUAUCACAAACUGUUUUUGCUUUUCAGUAUAUGUCCUCUUCUGUAAACCAGUGAGAUAUUUGUGGAUUUAAUUUUUGGCUUUUGGAAACAAUGAUGACCUUUUUGGCAGAAUUUUCUGGCGUUGCUAGGACGAGUAAACAUGUUGUUGAAUCGAGAGGAUAUAGACAGAUUGUUACACAAUCAAAGCAAUACUUAUGCAACUGUAGUUCACGUUCAACUGUCGCUACACUCUCAGGAAAUAGUGUAACUUCAGCUCAUUGCUCCAUUUUUCUCUGGCAGAAAACUUUUUGUUUGGCCAGACAAGCGUCACUCUGCUGUAGACCUGAAAUUUUACUGUGACAGCAGCGGGUGUUUUGAGCAACCACACGGACUGUUUGUUGUGCGUCCCUGGUUUACCACAGCCAGAUGAGGCCAGAUUGUUGAUUAGAUAGUGGACCCAGCAUGCAGGGAAGUCACAGGUUGAGACAUAACUGACCGACUUUCACACGACAAGGGAAAUGAAAGAUGAAUGAGCAGAAACACCAUUCAUAAUGUCUUUAGUUUCUGACCUUUGAGUGGGGUGUGAAGUAGACUGCCAGCACCUCCUUACCAAUUAGCAUUUUUGAGAUCCUACUCAGUCAGCCAUAACACUCUGACUACAAACUAGGGAUGAGAAAAAGUCGAUACAGCAUAGUAUUGCGAUAUUUUGUCUGAUGAUAUAUCGUAUUGUCUCAUUGACCAAGUACAGAUUUUUCAAAUUAUUGUUAAUAUGAAGUCAAAUCUGCAAUGAUGGGAAAAUAAAAUCAACUGUUUGUCCAGUGAGGUUGGUAGAGGGGAUAUAUACGUACAUACGUACAUACAUACAUACAUACAUACAUACAUACAUACAUACAUACAUACAUACAUACAUACAUACAUACAUACAUACAUACAUACAUACAUACAUACACACAUACAUACAUACAUACAUACAUACAUACAUACAUACAUACAAGGUCUGCAAAAUGUGCUACAUGAAAAUAAAAUACUGUGUAAGUAGACAAACAUUGAAAAAAUUGUGUAAAUCACAAUGUAUUGUAUCACAAUACUCACUGUAUUGCAAAAUGUUAAGAAUUGCAAUAAUAUCGUAUCGUGAUAAUAUCAUAUCGUGGGGCCACUGGUGAUUCCCACCCCUACUACAAACAAGUCAAAUCAAUUGUAUUGAUUAUCGCCUAAUAAGGGCUGGAUUUUUUAGGAUGAUGAAGGGGGCAGAUGGUCAAACUUUUAUGGCUGAUUUUUGUAUUACACUACAGUCCAAGCUUUGAGAUUGUGUACAGUAAGCCAGUAUUGUGACAUUAACAUAAAGUGUUAAAAGUGAACAGCAUAUUUGCCUGUGCUUACAUGUCCCAUGUGAAUUUCCACUAGAGCACUUUCUUUUUUCACUUCUCAGUUAGAGGUAGCUGAUAACUAGAUGGUGUCAAAGCAGGGCUGUAAACCCCAGGCCUCCUUCAAAGAGCUUAAGUGUGCUUGCUUGAGUAUAGUAAAAGAUUAAUUUAUUGAAUUUCUGUCAUAAAUGCAGACUUUGUAAUGUAGUGUUGUGUGCAUAUUACAUGCAGCAGCAGCCAGCUUCCUGCUCGGCAUGGACAGCUGCUCUCAGGGAGUUUCUCACCUCUGUUUGUGUCUGUGGGGUUUUUUUGUCCUGUGGGUUUGUGGCGUAGCUACCUAUUAAUGUUAUACAGCUGUCUGACGCCUGUGAACAGACCCGGAAUAUCACCACAGACAGUCUGAGUCAACUGAUGCUGCGAUGAUACGUGUUGUUUGUUUUUUUCAUAUCAAAUUAUAUAAAGCUUUAGCAAAUGAUCUAGUGUGGUUUAGGCAGAGACAUUAUCCCAGUUAAAUUUUAGAAGGAUGCAGUGCCACUUUUUUAGCAGUUACAGUUGUGCUCAUAAGUUUACAUACCCUGGCAGAAUCUAUGAUUAUUUGGCCAUUUUUCAGAGAAUAUGACUGAUAGCACAAAAACUCUUUAUCCACUCAUGCUUAGUGGUUGGGUGAAACCAUUUACUGUCAAACGAUUGUGUUUUCUUAUUUUAAAUCAUAAAGACAACAAAAAUUACCCAAAUGACCCUGAUCAAAAGUUCACAUACCCUGGCAUCUUUCAUCCAGCCACUGACGUUUCUGGAUUCUGAGUCAUGGGGAAAGCAAAAGAAUUGUCAACGGAUCAACAGGAAGAGGUAGUUGAACUGUAUGAAACAGGAAAGGGAUACAAAAAGAUAUCCAAGGAAUUGCUAUUGCCAGGCACAAUAAGGAGGCACUUGAACAAAAAUGGGUUGCAUGGUCGAGUCGCCAGAAGAAAGCCAUUACUGCGCAAAUGCCACAAAGUAUGCCAAGAAGAAUGGGCAGCUUUACUAUCUGAGAAAAUGAAGAGCCUCAUCCCCAACUACCACAAAAGACUUCAAGCUGUCAUUGAUGUUAGACAGGGCAGUACACGGUGUUAAGAACUGGGGUAUGUAAACUUCCACGAGUGGAAAAAGAGCUUUUGUGUUAUCAUUCAUAUUUUCUGAAAAAAGGCUAAGAAAGCAAAAAUUGUGCCGGGGUAUGUAAACUUUUGAGCACAACUAUAUAUGCUGGUUUUCAGAGUCAAAGUUCAUGUAACUGCUGUCAGAAUAUUUUCUACAAACAUGUGAUGGUGCUACCCAAAAGAAGUUGGAUUUUUGGCCUUAUUUUUUACUACUAUAACACCAGUUUUUGAUGUUUGUCCUGGUCUUGAGUGGUUUUGUCACUGGAAACCUUUGCUGAAUCAAAUCAUGUACCUGCUCCUCUCUGAGUCCCUCUUCUCUCCAUCCCUGUCCUUACAGUCAUGGCCUGCACCGGUUCUUCUCCUGUCGAGGCAUCGCCCUGGCUGUAGAGACAUUUUGGAGGCGGGGCCACAGAGAGAUUACCGUCUUUGUUCCACAGUGGCGUCAAAAGAGAGACCGGUUUACAACAGGUACACAUGAUCAGUCUGAUCAUCAUGUAAUUAAUGCAACAAGUUUUAAAUGACAUCAGGUACAGAGUUGUAGACAAACUCUCUUUUAAAAUAAACUGAAAAAUGUUUAACCAUUAAAACAGCCUCUCAAUUGGCCUCUGUAGUUUGGCCCGAUGGUUGUCCUUUUCUCCUUUUAUUACGUGGUAUUAAUGCAGCUGUGCUAUGUUAUUACAGAGCAACACUUUUUGAAUCAGCUGGAAGACCUGAGACUGCUCUCCUUCACACCGUCCAGAGAAGUCUGUGGGCAGAGGAUAUCCUCACAUGACGACAGGUACACAUGCUCAUUCAUAUCUGUGUAGUUACUGACAGAGGUUACAAGGGAUAAAGUAGAAGGUCCUGCUGUUUGUUUGUGUUGUUUAUUUUUUCAAAAUAUAGAUGUAAAAAAUCACACUCAAAAACCCCUCAGUGUGUAAUAAUUAAAGGUUCUUACGGAGCCCGAGAGGUGAUAUGAACUUUUUUUUGUUUUUUUUGUUUGUUUUUUUUAUUCGCACGUGCGAUUUAGUAUCUCGUAGGUGAGUUUCAUUUGUAUCUUGUGUGUGCGUUUUAUAAAUAAUUCUCUGUGCAUCUUAUAUCUGAGAGAGGAAGGACGGUGUCAUGGACAGAGAGCAUAUUAUCAACAUUUUCUUUCAUUUAGGUAUGAUUUGCAAAGUGGUACUUUAUAACUUAGCCACAUUUGGUAUUGUUUUGAGUAGGAGACACCUCGUCGGGAUCCUUAAAGCACAGCGACUUUGCUGUCUGUGAUAUUUAGACUUGCAGGAAGUGAUUUUGUUUAUUGAAGAACAGUUAAAUCGCACCUGCAAUACACUAGAACACGUGUGAAUUUAAGAGAAAAAUAAGUUGAUGUCACCUCCUGGGCUCUGUAGGUUCUGAAUAAAUUGUUGUGUUAUUUUGAUUUGGGAAGAUAUUGAGGUCACCUCAAAUUGAGCACCAUAAACAGAAGUCCUCACAUAUAACUUAGUGCUACAGAAUAGAUAGAUUUUAUUUCGGUCAUAAUACAAAAUAAACAGAAAAGGACAAGGCAGGUAAGACAUAUAUAUCUGAACAUAUAUAUGUACGGUUUACAUCGAUGUUUGACUGAAAAGGUUUAGGGCUGAAGCCGAAGCUUAUUUUGCCCACCUUUACCACACCGCUGUAUGACUAUGGAAAGAACAUGAUACAAAAGUCAAACCACUCACAUACUCAUUCUGACUCAGCAAGCCAGGCGUUCCUCUACAGAGCUCCUGACCUUUGAACUUUGGAAAAAUCCUGUGUAUAUAAACCACUCCCUCUCUCUUUUGGUCAGAUUCCUGCUCCACCUCGCAGAAAAAACAGAUGGGAUCAUCGUAACCAAUGACAACCUGAGGGACUUUGUCGAAACCUCGGACACCUGGCGCAGGAUCAUUCAAGAGAGGUGAAUGUCUGAUUGUAUACACGGUUUGUUCAGAGUUUCCUAUUACACAACAUGCCAGUGGAAAGUCCAGUGAGGCAGCCUGCCAGCUGGAUGACACAAGGACAAGUGUGUAUCCUCUGCCUGUUAGUUUACAUUUAUCGACAGUCAUGUACGUAAAAGGAAGUACAGACUGAACCUGGAAAGUGAAGAAAUGUUCAGAGGAAAAGAUUACAGCACAGAAGAAAAUUUAUUUAAAUUUAAGAAAAUGUCACGCUCCAGCCUGAGGCAGUCCUAUAGGGCAAACAACAAUCCACACACUGAGCCGUUCAAAGUAACAAAAGCACCUUCAAAAGGUCAACAUGUGACCAAAAAUAAAUCACAUGUUAAACUUUUGAAGGUGUUUUUGUUACUGUUAAUGGGUCAUCAUGUUACAAGGUUAAUAUUACGAUUAAAAUUUUUGAAUCCAGUAUGUCAUGUACAAUAAAACCAAGUACUAAUAAGUAUCUUAGCCAGUAAUAUGCUUUAAAUAGAUGUUUAAUGAAUGUUGAAAACAAAAUGUAAUAUCGGCCUUCUAAGGGCUUUUGCCAAUAUGCCAGUUACUACAAAAUGCCACUGAUCGGCCAAAUGAUCAACCUGUAAUACAUUUAAAUAAAUAAGUUUGUUUCCUUUCCCUGACAGGUUGCUCCAGUUUACUUUUGUGGAGGAUCACUUCAUGAUUCCUGAUGACCCUCUAGGGAAGGACGGACCCCAUCUAGACAUCUUCCUGCGUAAAGAAAACAGGUAUGUUUGGCCUGCAGUUGUUUAUGAGGUUAGGCUUCUCUGAUCUAGUAGUAGUAGUAGUAACCUUUAUUUAACCAGGAAAUAAACCCAUUGAGAUUCAGAAUCUCUUUUACAAGGGAGUCCUGGCCAGGAUAGCAGCACAAGAAGUUCCACAUAAAAAAAAAAAAACACGCAGAAAAACGAAACAGUUACAGUAUGCAAAACACAACGAUAAAUCAGCGUUCAGUAAGAAGACAUGUGCAUUCAGUACUUAAAAACUCCUUAAUUCUAGUUUUAAAAUGUGCCAUACUUGGCAGAUAAUCCAAUUUAAAAUAACCCUGUAAAUUACACCAGGAGGAGGGUGCAAAAGCCUUGAAAGCGCUUUCGCCAAAAACCGUCCUUGUCAGAGGAAUAGCGUACAUGAUCUGUCUAUCAGACCGGAGAUUACUCCUGUUGGUGAUUUUGGGAGUUAAGAGGGAACAUAGGUAAGACGGCAAGUCACCUAGAAUGGCCUUGUAAAGAAAGAUAUACCAAUGUUCCAAUCUACGAUUUUGCAGAGAGGACCAACCAACACUCUCAUAUAAGCUGCAGUGAUGAGUACGAAAAUCUAAGCCAGUUACAAAUCUUAAUGCUGCAUGAUACACUGAAUCCAGCAUUUUUAAAGAAAAGAGAUUUGCAUGCAUGUAUAAGAAGUCACCAUAAUCACGUAUGGAUAAAAACGUUGCCUGUAUAAGCCUUUUUCUUGCACCAAAUGAGAAACAACCCUUGUUUCUAUAGAAGAAAACCAGUACACGGAGUUUCAAUAUGGUGCCUAAAGGACAAAUUUUCUUCCAAGUGAAAUCCCAGGAUCUCUAUUUUCUAAAGAUGUGAUGGCUUUAAAAUACUUAAAUUUAGUCAAGGCAUUGAAAUAUAGGCGUUAUUAUUAGGGAAUAACCUGUUCCAUGCUUUUACACUCUCUCUCUGCUUCCUUCUGUCAGGAGGGCUCCCAUCACUCCUCCCCCUCUGAGACCUCCAGAUCUGCGUCCCCCCACACAGCAACACCAGCAGCCAGUUUACGUUCAGGCAGUCCAUUCUGCUCCCCGGACCCCGGCCUCCACUCCCCGGCCCCCUCCCUCUCUGACGCCCCACCCCACCACACAUUGGCCCCACUCUGGUCCACCUGAAUGGCUUCCACCCCGCCGUUCCCCUUCCCCCUCACCUUCCCCUCCUCCACAGCGCUCACCGGGAGAGACUUCAGAGCUGAAGAGAAAGCUGUACGACAUAUUUCCCGACCAAAAGCAGAGGAUCGACCGAAUCCUCAGUGACAACCCGUACAUGAGAGACCUGAAUGCCCUGUCAGGGCUGCUGCUGGGAUAAAGGACAGCAGUCUCACUCAGUAUAUAAACCCACACACACACAAGAAUAUAUGUAUAUGUGUCAGCAUAAAAAUAAUUUAUUUUACCAUUUAGUCCAGCCUGGAGGACAGGAAAAUGUCCUUUAAUGUUAUCUUACAUACAGACUGGUAAUUCAAUCGAGCUGCUAUCAGCGAAAAAAGUAUUUUUGGAAAGAUUUUUUUUCUCCCCCUUCUAUUGUGUUUCCACAGUGAUUAGGGUGUACAACACUGGUGUCAACAAAGCAAAACAGAAAACAACAAACCAUACUUCUCAAGCAGCAAUCUUUUGAUUCUUCAGAUGGUCACAAACCUUUACAGUCCAGAGGUUCCUCGUCCGUGGGGCCAACGCUGGAAGACAAAGUUUUGGACCAACAACAGUGAACUGGUUACACAACAGAUUUGUCCUCCAAAACUCUGCUUCCUGUCAGCCUCUCACAGAAUCGACAGACUCUAAGCUUUUUCUGGUUUCAGUCUGGACAUUCAGAGUUGAUGGUUUUUCUUGUUUUCUCUCAUAAUAGUAUACAGGCUACCUUCAGAAUGGAGAGACGUGACUGUCAGGGUGUUGCAGAACUCCUUGUCAGGAGCAGUUUCUGAAGUUUAGAGUUUCUUGACAUCAACAUCACAGCUUCGGCUCCAGACAAUCACCUUUAGUUAAUGUUCAAUCAGUUUUAAAGGCCUAAUUCGACACUGGGACACAAUCUAAAUCACACUUUUGCAGACCACAUAAAAGAACACAAAAUGCAUAGGGCUUACAUUUUGAGGCUGUUUAGAUGAGCAGUUUUGAAAAUACAGUUUGCAGUUUUUACAUUAUUACAGUUACAGUUUAUAAAUGGUAUAUAUCCUGGCUUAAUUACUCUCAGCUUGUUAUCUGUGUUCUUUUGUUAAAGCACUACUGCUCAUCUCCAUCCCCUCAAAAUGUUACCCGUCACUGUUAAUCUACAGCACUGCCUGGCUCACAUCAGAUAAACCUUUGUGUUGAACAACUCAAGAUUAAGAGGGGUGUCUGAACACAACACAACUACCAAAGCACUGCUUUAGAUUUUGGUCAUUUUGGCAGAAAUUGGAUCUGCAGCAUGGGUGUCAUAACUCCAACACAGCCCUCAAACCUGUUGUUUAAAAUGAUUUCAAAUAUAUAUAUAUGUAGAACUCUUCAUUUGCUGAAACUAUAUUUUCUUUGUUGAGCUGUGUCUGAGGAAGGACUGUUUUCUAUAUUUUCUCCUCAGUCCUGCUGUUCUGUUCAGAAAAAAAAAUCCAGGUUUCAGAAGGAUACAGUCAUGGUUCUACAUUAACGUUUUGUUCUGGGAAGAGUUGUGAGUUAAGAUUUUGGACAAUAUGCACCUGAACUCGUCAGACACACACUACAAUAGUUUAAACUGUCUUUUGCCUUUUGAGUCCAAAUACAUACUUGUCAUUAUCACACAAAAUAUGUUUACUGACCAAAACAGAACCUGCAACAGCAACACGUUUCCUACAGUUACAUUUGUAAUUAUUGUAUUAUAGAUAAUUUAAAUGCACUGAAGGGGAGACAUGGCGUCAUGGAGAAGAGAAGCUCUCAGUGAUGAUGAAUCUUCAGAAAAGCUUCUUGUGUUUUUUUUUUACCCUCAUACACUCAGAGAAUGUGGGCCGCAGCUUGCAUAUUUGAUGUGCAUCUGAGUUUUGUAAAAUACAAACACUUGAUUUCCUUGUAAUAAACAAACAUCUGCACAAAAACUUUACGAGGUGUCAAAAAAACGGUUCUGUUUGUAUUUGCUCUGUUAUUGUUGUAAGGGUUACUGAAGGAUCUUUUUUUGUAUUAUAAUUCUUUUGUGUAUAACAAGUUCAUUUUUGUAAAUACAGGCAUUUUUUGGCUACAGUGCACAUCUGGUUUAUGUAUGUGAAAAGCAAAAUAAAUGCAGCAGUCUCCAUUUAAAAAAAAAAA